GUGGCUCCAGAGGUCUUGCUCCAUCUUUGUUACACAAGGGUGUACCGCACUGUGUGUCAGAAUGUAGCACAGACGGGACUAUUCACCCUCUCUGAUUGCCAUACAUAUCAACAGAUCCAUUAUUCCAACAAACCUCAGGAUUUCACGUUCACAAAUGUAAGCAGAUCAAAUGCCGACCCCAUCCUCGAUCUCUUACAAGACUGUCAUGAACGGCUCAGCUUCCAGAAUGGGUUACUUCUGGCGACAAAGUUCCUGAUGAGGAUAUUGCUGACUGCCCCUGCGAGUUGGCUCAUCGACAAAGUCGGAAUAUUUUGGCCGUUUUUCUUUGGUACACUCUUGGCACUGAUCUCCUGCUUGAUGAUUGGGUUUGCUGACUCAAUGACCGUCCUGUUUCUAUCACGAGCUUUCCAUGGCAUAGCUGGGACUGGAAUCGAAAUCUCAGGAAUUGUUUACCUUGCCGUGAGAUACCAAGAUGACGAGAAUUUGAAAGGAUUCGUUCUGGGCAUGGUGAUAAGUAGCUUUGCUUUCGGAACACUAAUUGGUCCAACUCUAGGUUCGGUUAUGUAUGGCUUGAUCAGCCAGUCUGCUCCAUUCCUUGCCCUUUCUGUUAUAAUCCUAGCGUCUCUCGUGUUCACUCCAAUGGUCAUGCCCGUGAAUGUAACAGUUCCAGUUACUGAGAGUUCUCCAUCCGCCAUUACCCUUCUAAUGAAUCCUUGUACACUAUUAGUAUCAGUUCUUGCUAUGACGACCACGUUGGGUAUAGCCUUCACCAAUGCAACUCUUCCAAUAUGGCUCAAAUCAUCGUUCAAGACACCAGAAUGGGAAAUAGGUUUGAUUUUCGUUCCAACAAGCGCCGCUCAUAUUGUAUCAGGGCCUCUUAUCGGAUAUUGGAGUAAAACACUAAAAAGGUGGCGAUGUAUGUUGAUUGGGUCACUAGCAAUGGCUAUUGGAAUUGCAACACUUCCGCUUUGCAACAUGAUCUGGCAGCUUAUUCCGUCUAUGACCCUAAUUGGAUUUGGCUUUGGUACUGUUGACAGCACUCUAAUAGGGAUAAUGUAUCGCAUUGUAGAUGUAUGGCAUGAAGGAGCUCAGAGCUCGGCUGCUGCAGUGUUUGUCUUUGAGUUUUGCCUGGCAUAUACAAUAGGCCUACUUACUUCUGGUGCUAUCGUGGGAUUUAUUGGAUUUAAAUGGACUAUGUGGAGCUUGGCAAUAGCCAUCGUGGUCUCUUCGCCAUUUUGUUUACUGCUCAGUCGAAUCCAAGAAGAAAGAGAAACCAAACAACCGUUAUUACCGAAACCAGAAGUCCUAUUACCACCAUGCCUACCAACGACAAUAGAAGAUAAACCACAGCCAUUGCCAGAUGAAUCUUCACACUUACUUUAAGGAUGAUAUAUUCAGAGGGACUUAUCUAUGCCGCCUGAUUUUUAUGACUGAAUUCCAGCAUUAGUCGUUCUCAAAAUCAUAGACCUCAGAUGGAAAUGAUUAUGUGACCAAUUCAAUAAACAUAAACAUUACGUAACUUAAAAAAAGCAUAAUAAUAACGGAAAUAAUCAUAAUAAUUGUCACUUAUAAUUAUAGUGCAAAGGACUGUCAUUCGGUACUUUAUGGAGCUUUGGAAUGUUAUAAACAUACAAACAAUAUAAUAGGGGAAGUUAUACCUCGGUCACAUUUGUUCUACGGCGGCCGUACGGCGAGUCGAAAAUGGCCGUUUUUUGUACCAGCUAAAAUAUGUGGUUUGAAUAAAAAUGAAAUAUAUAUAAACGGCUGUUUUCGACUCGCCGUACGGCCGCCGCACAGUGGGCCAGAAUGAGUUGAAAGUGCGCAAUGUGUAGUAUAUAAACUUUGUGUUAUGUACUAGUUUAAGAUUGACCAGAGUGAAUGUUGGUUUAUGCUUCACGCAUGCCUAAAAAGUGUGUAUGAGAUGCCGAAAAUAAUUUUAUGGCAUCAAAAUGAUCAUUUAUUAGAUUUAUAUUAAAAAAAACUUUAAAAUCUGAAAAA